CAUAGUUGAGAGAGCAUUAAAGAAAUUCAAGUUUAAGCGCAAAAGAUUCAAAAAUUUUAAAAAUAAAAACAAAACUUUAAAUAAAAACAAUUAAGAAAGUGUUUUGCAUUUACUGCUCAUACGUUCGUGUGUUCAUUAGUUUAAUAGAUCGGGAUCAUUCAUUCAUACAUUUGUUCAUUGAUCAAUCAAACUGUCUGUCGAUCAAUCAACUAUAAUAACAUACAUACAGAUAUAAUUAUCAAAUACAUAAUUGAAGAUUUGUGUGUAAAAAAAAAAACAACUAAAAAUAAUGUUGCACAGCAUAACGGUGAUCACCAAAUCAUUCAUCUGCAGCAUGAUGUUGCUCGUGUUGCUAAUGACCUCUAUGACUUUGGUGGAAAGCAAAGCUUUGGUGAAGACAAACAAUUUGCAACUACAAAACUCAAACGAACAAAAUAUCGAUAAUAUAAGCAGACAAUUUCUGUUCUUAAAAGGUGUAGGACGUGAAACAAGUACACCCGAUUUUAUACGUCUGGUAGUGAUGCGUUUCAUUUAUGGUUUGGCCUCCACCAUGGGUGUGGAAGAACGUUUGGAGGGUCUAUUCAAUGGCGCUUUUGUACCACCCAAUGCCGAUGGUGAUAUAUUUGGUUUCGGUGGAGAUGGUGGCGAUAGUGAAGACUUUGAUGAAGCAGCCCUAGAAAGUAUAUUCGCUGAUGAUGCAUUUUAAGUGUAACAAACUGAGUUUGUUAAUUUGUAUAUAAAAAAAUCUUUAGUUUAUUUAGUAAAUUAUUUAUUUAUAUUUAAUAGUUUUAAUAUUAAUUUAAAUAAAAAACAGCAACAACGAUCUAAUAUUAAGUAAUGUUUUAAAAAAUGAAAUUUUUAAAUGUGUUUUGUUUAUUAUUUAAAUUAUGUUUUGUUUUCAUAGUGUUGUUAUGAA